AUGCUGCUCUACCAACUGGAAGGUCUGAAGGAGCCUUGCCACAAUCCGAUCACUCGCCACAAUUUCGUGCCACAAAAGACCAGGCAGUUGCAGAAUUCAGCCCUUACAUUCGAACGCUUGAACCUGCAUCUUUCAUCACUGCCCAUGUCCACGAACCAUUUGGACGCUAUCGAGAUAGAACCCACCGGCGGAUCAACCAAACCACUAAUGGGCGACGAUUCACAACGCGAUGAUAGACGGGAUAGUAUUCUCUCCGUCACCAUGGUACGCCUCGAUUCACCAACUCCGACACUUUCGUCGAACCUGACGCAAGGCGGGCUACUGUACGAGGGCAACUACGACGAAUGGGUUGCGCGAAUGGAUGCCAUCCUCCAUGUCAACGGCUUCGAAAUGUACGUCUCAACUCACCAUCUUGAUUUUUGGCAAGGCUUCGUCGGGCUUCCGGAAUGGACACAAGGGAGACAAGAUGCCGCCGCCAUUGUUUGCUCGCAGAUCAGCCCAGCGCUGCGCAGAAGAGUGCUGAACUUCAAAGAUCUACCCCAAAACCGCAUCGUUGAUCCCUUCGGACUCCUUAGCAGGAUUGCCCGUCCAUUUCCAUACCUGUGGAAGCUGCCAUCGGAAGUCCGCAACACUGUCUACGGGUAUGCGCUCGGUAUCCAUGGUGAGAACAGUAUUUCCAUCUGCGAGGACUACCGGAGGUGGCCUGCUCUGCUGCAAGUCUCACGCGAAGUCAGAGGCGAAGCUUUGAAACUUUAUUUCUCCAAAGGGAAUUUUUGCCUCCGGCUAUACCAAUCCGUCGCGGAUACCGACCGAAGCGAUCAUAUGGAGAAUUAUCUCUGGCCCUGGUGAGUCCCGUCAUGAUUCGGGGUCACUGUGCAUCUGCUGAUGGUAGGGUUUGGUCUAGGCUGAGAAUCAUUGUCCGAGAUAACCUCAAGCACCUAAGUCGCUUCACACUCGAAUGCGAGGUCGACAGAGACGUUCGCAUCGUCAAAUUCGCAUUUUCAGAAGGCGUCUUAACUGUCAGGCAUCCGAAGAGAUUGUCUUCAGAUUCCAAGACGGAGCUUGGUCAAAAAAUGAGCGCGGCGGUCAAUCUUUCAAGGCUGCUGAACAUUGGUGGCGAGUCGAUCGCCUUGGCUCUACUGAUGGAUCCGCAUCUUUGGGAUUCAUCAACACUCAAGACCACCUACGAAGUGGACGCCGACGAUGAACAGUCUGAUGGCGAACUCUGCGACUUGCUGUAA